AUGAGGGUUUGGAUGCCGGUGGCAAUGGUGAAGAGGAAAAGAGACAGGGAGGAAGAAGAAGAGAGAGGGAUGGCACCCAUGGAACGCAGUGGGGUUUUAGGGGAGGGGCGGCGAUUGUUUUUGUUCUUCCACCUCAGUUUUGACAAUGAAAUCCUAAGCUCUGUUCUCAAGAAAACUAGGAGACCCCUUUCCAAGCUCGUGGGUAAAAACUUUGCAGCCAUCUCAAUUCAAGGAACAUCAAGCAGUAAUGCUUUGGAAGAUGGAGUUGACGAAGGCUCUGCCUUCAAGAAUGUUAGUCCAAAUAUCAUGACAAAAUUUGAAGUCAGAGGCAUUGGCAUUGGCAAUCCAUUAGAUGCUGGAUCUGUGAAAAAAUGUGGAGGAUUUACAACAUGA